GUAGAAAGAUGCUGAGCGCAGUUGCAGCACGAAAAGCUCGCCUCCAGAGCCAAAGCACCUCUCAAAGUGUUUCACCUGCCCCAGAACCCUCUUUGCCUCCCAUCCUGCCACAGGAAGAGGUCCGAAAUGCAACAAAACGAAAAUCGAGCACAACUGUAACAUCUAAACCCGCAACUCAAAAGAAAAGGAAGAGGAUUCAUCGGACACAAGAUGAAAAGUCUGUACGCUAUUUCCAGGAGGACCCACUGAAAGAUCAACAGGAUGUUGUAAUCCUUGACCUCGUCUCUGACGAUGAAGAUGUAGAGGAGGUUUCGGGAGAUGAUGUUAGCUCGGACGAGCCUUCUGCUUCGUUCAUACCCAAACCGCCGGUUGCCCCGCAACGGAAACGAGCAUGGUCUCCCAGCAUACCAUUUGAGUCUUCCAAUGAUGUAACAGAAGGCUUCACUGCAGGUGCCGUUGUGCAGGAGGUUGUAGAGCCACUUUCGACCUUCCAUCCGGUUCCCGGGACAAAUGCGUUCAAGCUCUCCUCAGAAGAAACAAACCUCACACUGGGGCCUUGCACUGUUUCUGCUUCAGUGCUCAUCUUGAAAGCUCAAGAACGGUUAGCACUUCUCGGGACAUAUAAGUUAUAUGUCCUCCGUGGGGCCGUGUCCAUUGCCGGGGUUACUCUCCAUCCUUCAACUCAAGCACACAACAUCUUUGCUCCUCGGUCUUCACCGAUCCCUAUCAUUGAAUCCGUCCCUCCGUCUGGAGUGCCUGGCAGUAUACCUCUCGUACUCCCACCCCGGAUUCGGAAUAUUAUCGAAGAGGCCGAAACUGCAAUCCUUAUCCAAGAGCUUCAAACCGGUGUGUCGGGCCUGGGGAAAGUAUGCGGCGUCUUUGAGAAGAAUUUCCAACCUUUGCGAUGGCAGGACAAUGCAGCUUCCACGGAUGUCGGUAUUCCAGGUGUUCAAAAUCUUACAAGACAAUCAAGCGACGUAUACCCCAUGAUCAUACCUGAGCCUUGGGAGAGGGCACUUUCGACCAUUGAACCAUCGUCUGAUGGACAACACCAUCUCGCGGCAAGCGGAAGAUGUACCUACAUUGUAAGAGGCGCGAAGAAGUCCGGUAAGAGUACAUUUGCCAGGACAUUGCUCAACCGCUUGACAACACACUACCGCUAUGUCGCUUUCUUGGAGUGUGAUCUCGGUCAAUCUGAGUUUACUCCAGGAGGUAUGGUCGCGCUGAACAUCGUAUCAAGUCCCCUAUUUGGACCUCCAUUCACUCAUCCGAGUGUCCCAUACCAAGCACACUACAUUGGAGCAACAUCCCCACGCUCUUCCCCUUCGCACUACCUUGACGCAAUCCAAGCUCUUCUGCGAGCUUACGAACUUGAUGUUCAGCACGCGGGCUUGACACAUGACCACAACAACGACCAGGAUGGGCGUAUCAUUGACAUUGUUCCACUCGUCGUCAACACCAUGGGUUGGACAAAAGGCCUUGGUGCAGAUUUGUGCAGAAAAAUCGAGGAUACUCUCCAGCCUUCAAUGAUUUUCGAUAUCCUUAAUCCAGCAGUCGACGAAUCGUAUCUCUCCGGUCGCUCAAGCGAGACGGACACGUCUUUCAACACCCAUGUCGUAGACGCGAUUCCGCCGACUUUAGUUACUUCGCGACAUUCUGCUGCCGACCUUCGUCAACUCUCUAUCCUAUCCUAUUUCCAUGCUAUAUUCCCCAAUAUCUCGACACCCAGGAACCUGCCUAGUGCUGUUGCAACCGCGUGGAGCACUUCAUUACCAUUGUGUGCUCAGUUGCCGUAUCAGCUUGACACAUCCACUGCACUGGAUAUGAUUGUGUUGUCCGGCGUUGGCUCUGAAGAUGUCGUUCCUUCGGAGGUCUACCACGUAUUAAAUGGCGCGAUUGUUGCACUUGUAUCAUGUGAACCGGACACACUGGAUUUCGACGAUACACAGAAAGAGGCCGAAGACACAAUUGCUAGACUACCCUACUCCCAAGGUGCAGCUCCACCUUCCCCUUCGACAUCAACAUGUCUUGGACUCGCACUCGUUCGUUCCGUGAGCACGCUAUCCUCUUUGGAACCUGCGCAGCUCCAGAUCGUGACAUCUGUACCACCGUCCUUGCUUGCAUCUAUACCGCCGCGAGUCAUUGUGAAGGGAGAAAUGGAAUUACCGAUAUGGGGUUUCCUCGAUUUCCGUAACGAGGGUCGUGUUGCUGGUGUACCCAAGACCCAGGUUCCUUAUCUGAGAUGGGGUAAGGGCGAAGGAUUGGGCGGAGAGAAGAGGAGAACAAGGAGGAAUCUGAUGAGAAAAGGCCAAGCGUAGACUAGUUUUGUACAUAACUUACUGCCAUAUGCUGCUUCGUCAACACCAUGCAUAUGAUUGACUUUACACCUUUCCUUCGGGUGUUGCCGUCUGCUACGAUC